CUUUUGCUCAUACAAAGCAGAAGCACAGACAUCCAAGGGCUUUAAAAGAGCCUCUCUAUCACUGCGGUCGGCUUCAUUCUUUGGCACUGUGACGAGCGGACACUGUCGGCAUCAUGGAUCUGAAGGAUUCUCUGGUUAAGGGAGGAGUGCUGAUCGUCCACCAGAUACACGAAGGAAAACACCAGUAUGACGUGGAAAAUGUGGUGAAGUACAAAAAAACGGCUGGAGAUAGAGCGUUAAGGAAAGGAGACAAACUGAUGCAAAUAAACGGAGCGGACCUGCAGGAUCUAACACCAGAGGAGUUGGCACAAAUGUUAGCAGAGGGUAGUCCCAUGCUGACAGUUCACAAGGCUGGCAGCAUAAAUGAGCACACUGAGCAGCCGUCCCCAGCUGAGGACACUCUACGUCCCGUCUCCAAGGAGGUCACACUUCUCAGUUUCUGCAUGGAGAUGAAGAAGGAGGAGGACUUGGAGGAGGAAGUGGGGCAGGAGGGGGAAGUAAAAGAGGACGUGGGUGUUGAGGAGGAUGUUUGCAAACCUGGAAAUGUGGAGAAUGGGGAAGGUGGAGAUCUGCUCAUUGUUUCCAUGACAAAAACCAGCAUUUCUGUGGUGAGCGGGAGGGGCUGCGAGGACGGGACCUCCUGCCAGGGAUGUGAUGGGACAGGAUGCAGCUUUAAUGAUGUAGUUGUGGUGUCAGAAACCAGCACGGUGACACUUGUUCCAAGAGGAAGUUUCAAACAGGAAAAGGUGUCAAAUGGUUCAGUUCAACAUGUGGCCACUCACCAAUACCUAAGAAGUCUCUGUUCUCAGCAUGCUCUCUACGCUUCACCAAAUCCAGAGAAGAUCACCAUCUACACCUACAAGUCAACCUUUAUAGAUAAGAUUUUCAGAGGAGUGGCAGUGGUCCUAAACUUUACCGAGACCAACUGCUUUGUCAGGUGUUGCAAGGAAGGGGAACGGGUGCUCCUGAAAGUUGAGACAUGUGAAAAGCAGAGGCUGAAGCAGAUCUCCAAGAAUGACGAGAGCACCCUCUCCUUUGUCUUCUACAUGAAGUCUGACCGGACAAAGCGACGGAGGUUUGAGUCAGCGCUGUAUGCCGGCUGGUUCAUCCAAAUCGUCAACACAGACUUCGUGGGAGUGGGAACCGUGGAUGGAGGGAUGGAAGAACAACGGUUCGUCUUUGUCAUUCAGAAGUGACGAAGAGUCUCAUUCUCCAGAAGUAUUUCCAGUUCUCAGUCAAGUCAGUUUAACAUUUAAAAUUCUUGUGUGAAUUUUAUUUGGGACUUGAAGAUGAUAUUAUACAAAAUGAAAAACAUGAGAGGGGCUCCUUUGUUUGAGCCACCUGGUCCAGUGAUAGAAACCAAUGUCGCUGUGUCAAAUUCUGCUAUUGCAGAAGUGCGUAGAUAUGUAUCAUACAAGUAUGUGUGUUUUUAAAUGUGUGUGGUACAGGCUUAGAUAUGUGACGUCAUUUUUGGUAAUCAUUUUUGUUGUUUAACGUGACUUUCAAGCUGAUUUUUUUUUUUACAAACAUGAAUAUUUUGUGUUCAAGACGUAACUUACAAAAAAUAUACACGAUAAAACAAACAAGGUGAUGUGAUAAUGUCUUUAUUUAUUCAACUCUUUCUAAUGUACAUUAAUAAAAGAUUUUAUGAGCAGAAUUACACACAGUAUGUCAGACACCAAGUCCAACAUAUUGGUACUUAUGUACCAGAUAUGCACUAAACACAAAAAUGUCUAAUCAUGAAGCCAUUUACAGGAUUUUAAAUAUUAAAAAGUCAAACACAAA